AUGAGAAUUGUCGUAGGAAUCUCGGGCUCCUCGGGGGCCGUGUACGGCGUUCGCUUCCUGAAGCGCUGCCCCGGGGAAAAACACCUGAUCGUCUCCCAAUGGGGUGAGGAGGUACUGCGGCUCGAAAUGGGCCUCACAUUGAACGACCUGAAAGGAGAUGUGCGACGUGUCCAUCGGGACUCCGAUCUCGCGGCGCCGUGGUCGUCGGGUUCCAACCGCUACGACGCGCUGGUUCUCAUCCCAUGCAGCCUCUCGACGCUCGGCAAAGUGGCAAACGGCAUCGCCGACACCCUGAUUACUCGUGCGGCUCAGGUCGCCCUCAAGGAACGCAUGCGCCUUGUGCUCUGCGUGCGCGAAACCCCUUGGUCCACCAUCACGUUGCGCAACGCGCUCGCGAUCUCUGAAGCGGGGGGAAUCGUGAUGCCGGUGGCCCCGCCCUGGUAUCGAAAUCCAGGCACGAUGUCUGAGGUCGUGGACGGCUUUUGCGACAAGGUGCUGGGCGUGCUCGGGCUCGGCGACGCCCCCGGAUGGCGAGAAGAGGAAACCCGCUAG